AUGGGUUGUUGUUCAAGUAAAAAUUCGGCUUUCGACAAAAAGGACGAGAACGAGAAACAAUACCAACAACAAACAGAACAAAUAACACCCUCAUCACCUAAACCUUCAAGCCGUCACGUGAGUCUACGUCGUAAUGGCACCAAACUACGAAAAGCAAAAAAUGUUGAAUCAGAUCCACUAGAAGAUGAAGACAAUCAUUUAGCGAAAUAUUUCAAAAGAACGUCAUCGUCCAAAAUAUCACGAAAAGCCUCUAAUCCACUUCAAAUACUCAAAACGAGAAAAAGUAAAAGUAUCACGAGCAUCAAAUCAAAUUCUAUUCAUGAUGAUACUCCAUCAUACCAACAUCAACAAUACCAAUUUGAACAUGAUGAAAAAGAUACAUUAUCAGUUAAUUUUAAUUAUUUUAUCGAUUAUGACAAAUUCUCUCAGAUUUCCGGGCGAAAUGUGGAGAGCAAAAGAGCAACGAUAAGUGACGUAAAUGAAACAACCACAGAUGUUUAUUCAUAUUCCAAAAAAUCGAAACAACAUUCGAUAACACAUGAUGAUUGUGAAGGAUACAGUGCAAGUGUUGCAAAAACACAAACACAACAACUAACUCCAAAACGACGACCAUCCGCGAGAUUUUUACAACGAAAAGGGACACUGAAUAGACACGCAAAAUUAUAUGAACAAAGAGAUUACAGAAAAUCAUUCCCUCAACAAUCAACUACGUUGGAACAUUACUUAGCAUACAAUCAAGAAUGUGAUAAUAAACGACGUAGCAUGGGAAAUAAGGCAUCUCAAGAUAGCAUUAGUAAUUCAUUUAUGCAAUCGAUCGUGACAAUUAAUCGACAAUUCGAAGUUCUAAGUGAAAACUUGGAGCAGCCGAUCAAUAAUCUGCAACAUCGUUCAAUAUCGCAAACGCCGACAGGAUGGGAUGAGAAUGUUUCCAGCACCAUGACAACAACGAUUGAUCAAUCACAGAAUACAAGUAUGCGAAUCAAAGGGAAAUCCGCAUUACAUCAAUCAACUGAUAGUUACAGAAGCUUUAACUCUUCCACCGAUGAUAAACAACAGUCAGAAACGCGACCAAAGGUACAAUUGCGAUUAUCAGCCGAACAAGUUGCUCUGUUGGAGAAAGCAGACGAACAAUUUGCCAAUGAUUUACUGAAUUCUAAUCUCAAUGGGGCGCAUACGCAAGACGAUUUUGUGCAAGUUCAAUCUCCAACCUGGUCAAUGGCAAUUAGUGAUGAUGAUACCGAGAAUAUUCAAUUCUGUCAUGGUCAAUUGGAAAAAUUAAUGCCAGUUGAAGCGAUUCUCACUCCCGUACACAACAUUAAGCGACUGAGCAGACGUGCAAGUAAUGGAAAAAAAUUAAACUUGAGUGAUCCAAAAAUUCGAGAAACUCUAAUUUCAUUAAAUGAAGACACGGACCAAUCGACAUUUAGUAUUUCUGUUUCAUCGUCCAGUAAAAAACCAGAAAUUAAAAUUGAAUUACCAACAGUUGAUUUAACGAAAUCACUGGAUUCCGAUGACCAUAAAAACAAUAAUAAAUCUCGAAAUCCAGAAAUAAGACCAAAAACAAUUUACGGAACAAAACUUAGUAAUUAUGGUGAAAGUAUUCUACGUGCAUCACAGAUAAAAAGAUUCAGUGCUGGUAACGAAAGACCAUUAUCACCAAACUUUGAGAGAUUUAUUUCAUUCGAUGUAAAUGGAGUCAAACGAGUGACAUCAGUUGCUACAGACAAUCAAAUACCACAUCGGGAAUCAAUAUCAAGUACUCGUCACAGUAUACGAAGUAAGCGAAGAUCAACACACAGUGAUGAUGAAAUUGAUGAUUAUUUAGAUCUUGGUAAUUGUCAGCAAUGUCGUCGUCCAAACACUGGUGUCGAAUGGUGCAAAAAUUGCAAUGCGAAACAUUUUGCUGAUGAUUUCUCAAAGUGGGAUAGUGGUGUGGAUGAAGUUAAUGGUUUCAUAAAGUCAACGCAAUUGUCUGCUGAAAAUUCAAUGCGAAUUAUCGAAUGGAUUUCUUUCGACCGGUUUAUUAAUAUCGAGAAUAUCGGAAAUGGUGGUUAUAGUAUAGUAGAUAAAGCUACUUUGAUCGGUGGGCGAAUACGUGCAUGGGAUCAUGACUAUAAACGAUGGUCACGAUAUGGAAAUCAUGUUGUUGUGCUUAAAAGGCUUUUGAAUUUGAAACGAAUGACUUUGACUUUUCUUAGUGAGUUAAAAAUGCAAUGGAAUAUUGUAUCAUCAGACAUGCCAACUUGGUUUGGAAUUACGCGUGAUCCAACAACACAAGAUUUCAUUCUCGUGAUAGAAUAUAUUGACGGAAAUCUACACAGCUACCUGCAAAAAUCAUUUUCACAAAUCACGUGGACAUCUAAGGUAGAAAUACUUCACGACCUCACUUGGAUCCUCUGGACAAUUCAUGAAUCAGGGAUCGUACACCAAGACUUGCAUAGUAGCAAUAUUCUUUGGGAAUCAGGCUCGCCGAAAAUAAGCGAUCUGGGCCUAUCGCAUUUCAUUAGAUCAUCGCAAAAUCAAGUUUAUGGAGUGCUUCCUUAUGUCCCGCCAGAAGUGCUUUUAGGAAAUUUGUCUUUUGCUAAACAAUUUGAAAAUGCGGAGAGAUUGAGAGUGAAUGCUAUGCUGGUCGGUGAUAAAAUUGAACAACAUCCAAAAGCGAUUUAUACCAGCAGACCUUUACCUGUCGUUUCGGAAUCCGGAGAAAAACUUGAAAAGUGUUCGGAUGAUACUCGAAUUUCCGCACCAAUCACACUUACAAAGUCUACGGACGCUACAAAUCAUCCUGACAUCGUCUGCUGA